GAUAUUGUGAAUAGAUAGGUAUCUUGUAAACCUCUUGGUUUGCUUAUAAUAAAAUUAGAGAAUAUUAAAGAAUUUUAUAUUAAUAUUGAGUGAAAAUGGGCGAUUUUAACGCCGGUUUAAACACAAAUGUAUUCCUUACAGUAGGAAUUACUGUAUUUUUAGGUAUAAUAAUCAAUUUAAUUUACAAAACUAUCUUCGGAAGCAAGAAAAAGGAAACAAUUAAACAUGAAACGGAGAAUAAUUUGGACGCUCCAUCCGAAGACGUUGCUUCAGAAACAAGCAUGCCAGAAAAUCGCGUUAGUGGAAAAAGUAAGAAGCGAGCAGCAUGGAAAGGGAAGACAGAAUUCAAUCAUCCAUGGCUCCUUAAGAAUCUCAAAGGCCAUCCCGGUACUGUGUUACUGGUAGAUUUUUCUGCCAACGGCAAGUUUAUGGCUGCUACCUGUGAUGAUGGUUCAGUAAUCCUAUGGGAUAUUCGGGAUUUGAACCAGAAGGAACACAAGACAUUGCGUGUAAACAUCGAGUUUGACCACGCAUCCCAUGUUGCUUGGAGUCCUGAUUCCAAGGCGUUUAUCAUACACACUGUACGGGAGAACAACAUCGUCGUCUACAAGAUAGAGAAGAAAAAGGACGGUACUAUAGGAUCCGCGAAUGCGGUCAUCACAUUUGACAAGGUGCAUGCAGAAGACGUCAUCGGUUUCGGCAUAUCGAGCAAUGGAAAGUUUAUGAUGUCUUGCUCAUCAAAGACUGACAUGGUUAUAUGGGACCUUAAAGGACAACAGUUAGAUAAGCUAGAUACGUACUUAAUGAGUACACACACCGCCAAAAUAUCGCCGUGCGGCCGUUUCGUUGUAGCAACAGGCUUUGCACCUGAUGUGAAACUAAUGGAAGUAUGUUUCACAAAAACUGGCGAAUUCAAACAAGUGUCAAAAGCGUUUGAAUUGACGGGUCACUCGUCUGGCAUAUACGAUGUUGCAUUCGACGUGGACACUUCACACAUUGCUACUAUAUCUAAGGACGGCACGUGGAAGUUAUACCACACAAAGAUUGACUAUGCUCGCGGCGAAUCUCCGCACGUGCUCGAAACGGGCAAGUACACACAGAGUGCAAAUCCACCGCACAUAGCGCUGUCGCCCGAUGCCGAAGUGCUGGCCGUCUCAGUGGAUUCCUCCGUCGAAUUCUACGACACAUACACCGGCGACUUGUACGACACAGUGGAGAAUUUGUAUUCAGGUUUAAUUACAGACAUGAAGUUUGAUGCCAGCGGAAAAUAUCUGUUCGUGUGUGGUGAUCGUGCCGUGAGAAUACUCCACAAUGUAUGCGGCUACCACACUACAAUAGCAAGUUGUCGCCGCCUCCUCAGUUCCAAGCAAACUUCGGCCACUGUGGAACGCCUCAACAAAACCAUACAAGACUGUAAAGAGACGUUAGCGAAAUUUGGCAAGUAAUUGGGGCCAAAUUUCAAACUGUCACAUAUUUUGCAUUUAUAUUCAUACGUAGUUAGUUAGUUACUAUUUUUAUACGUUUAGUUAGGUCUUUACCAGUCGUAUUAUUUUUAUGUCACAAAAUUAUUUUAAGUGUAUUAUAUUGAAGAAGUGCAAUGACUAUAUUUAAUAUGCAAUAUUGUUUGAGAGCCCAUGGUAGGCACCAAACUACUAACGUAGCCUAUCUGGGCCUAUGAUCACCAGUGAAUACUGAUUGACUGCAAUGAUGAUUAUAUAACGUAUUGAUCUCUUUUGAAAUUUGUAUAGAAUGUAUUAUCUAUUUGAACGCCGUAAUCAGUAUGCAAAAUUUACAAUUUAUAGAUAGUGAUGUGUUUACAAUAUCGAUAUUUUAUUUGGUUUUGCUAAACCGCUGACAAACCUAAUUAGUGGACGUAGAAAAUUCAUUAGAAAUAACAGUAUGUUAGGGUCCGUUAGGUACAACUAAUUCUGAAUAUUAUGUUUCUCUUCCCUAAAACUGCGUCAUAAAGUUUAUAUGUGACUCAGUAGUUAUAUAUAUUCAUAUUAUUAUAAUUACAAUUAAUUUUAAAUUAAGAUGCUAUAAAUUAAUUUUCGUCCUACAUAUUAAUUUAUAUGAUAACAUUAUUUCAAUUUACUAAAAACUUGUUGUUUAAAACAUUAUGAAAUGACUGUAAAAGGACAUUUUGAAUUAAUAUCAUUUACUUAUUGCAAAUUAACUACUUUAAAUAUCAGACAUGUCAGCGGUGUACAAGGCAUUUGUAUGUUAACGUGUAUAUUUACAAAACGUUUCUAAUUUAUGUAACUUAGUAAACGGAACUAACAUCACUUUUCCAAAGUAUUAUAAAUAACAAUAGAUGUAAGUGUCGGUCAGAUUUUGUCGACUUAAUUUUUCUACCAUGUUUAUUGCAGUAAUUUGA